AGGUUAGAGGAGGGGCGUGGGAGAGCCCGCUGGGACCCGCUGGUGGGACCGCUUUCCCGAGAAGCCAGUUCUUGGCUCGGGCGCCGGGAAGCGGACGAGCAGGCUCAGGCACCUCCCCAGCGGCUCCAGCAGUGAUAAAACUUGAGAAAUAACAAGGAGGGGCGACUCGGCGUCUCCUGGGUCCAAUCCCGUCUCAGAAACGAUCAGGUUCCCAGGAAAUUAAGGCUGAGAGAGGCUGAGGUGACGGACAUACCUCCUCCACUGCUUCACCUUCCCGGGCUCUCGGCUCUCGGCUUUCCGACUCGCGCUGGGAUGGCAGGCGCGGGGUCCCGGAGCUCCCUGCGCGGAGCCCUCUGCAGGCUGCUGCUGACCGUCCUGGUCUUCGAUUUUGCUUGUGAAGCCUGCAGAAAGGUGAUACUUAAUACACCUGCUAACCUAGAGGCAGACAAAAUGGUUGGCAGAGUUAAUUUGCAAGAGUGCCUCAAGUCUGCAGACCUCAUCCAGUCAAGUGACCCUGAUUUCAGAGUUCUAGGUGACGGGUCAGUGUACACAGCCCGCGCUGUUGUGUUAUCUGAUGAGAAAAGGUCAUUCACCAUACGCCUUUCCGAUUCGAGCAGACAGACCCAGAAGGAGAUUCCUGUGCUCCUGGAACAUCAGAAGGUACCGAGGAAAAGACACGCCAGAGAAACGGUGCUCCGGCGUUCCAAGAGGAGAUGGGCACCUAUUCCCUGCUCAAUGCAAGAGAACUCCUUGGGCCCUUUCCCUUUGUUUCUUCAACAAGUUCAGUCUGAUGCAGCACAAAACUAUACCGUCUUCUAUUCAAUAAGUGGACGCGGAGUUGACCAAGAACCCUUAAAUUUGUUUUUCAUAGACAAGGACACUGGAAAUCUGUAUUGUACUAAGCCUGUGGAUCGUGAAGAAUAUGAUGUUUUUGAUUUGAUUGCCUACGCAACAACAGCAGAUGGGUAUUCAGCAGACCUACCGCUUCCACUGCCCAUCAGAGUGGAGGAUGAGAAUGACAACCACCCUAUUUUCACGGAACAAGUUUAUAAUUUUGAAGUUCCAGAAAGCAGCAAACUUGGUACCACAGUGGGGGUGGUUUGUGCCACGGACAGAGAUGAACCAGACACCAUGCAUACGCGCUUGAAGUACAGCAUUUUGGAGCAGACACCAAGAUCGCCUGGGCAGUUUUCCAUGCACCCCACCUCGGGCGCAAUCACCAUGGUGUCUCAGUAUCUGGACAGAGAGGUUGUAGACAAGUACAAAUUGAUACUUAAAGUACAAGACAUGGAUGGUCAAUUUUUUGGAUUGAUGACUACAUCAACUUGUCUUAUAACAGUAACAGAUUCAAAUGACAAUGCACCUAAUUUCUUGCAAAAUGUUUAUACAGUAUCGGUAGAGGAAAAUACAUACAAUGUGGAAAUCUUACGAAUACCUGUACAAGACAAGGAUUUAAUUAGGAGUGCCAAUUGGAGAGCCAACUUUACCAUUUUAAAGGGCAAUGAAAAUGGACAUUUCAAAAUCAGUACAGAUGAAAAAACUAAUGAAGGCAUUCUGUGUAUUGUAAAGCCACUGAAUUAUGAAGAAAUCCCUCAAGUGGUCCUGGAAAUUGGAGUAAGCAAUGAAUCUCCUUUUACUAGAGAUGUUCCACUCAGGGCAACCAUGAACAGAGCUUUGGUCACAGUUCAAGUGAAGGACCAGGACGAAGGGCCUGAGUGCAGCCCAGCAGUCCAACGCGUACGGAUCAGAGAGAAUUCAGCAAAGGGGACCAGCACCAGCGGCUAUAAGGCAUAUGACCCUGAAACUAAACGUAGCACUGGUUUCAGGUACAAAAAAUUGCACGACCCUGAAGAAUGGAUCACCAUUGAUGAAAACUCAGGGUCAAUCAGAACUUCCAAAGUUCUGGACAGGGAGGCCAUAACUCCCAGAAGGGAUUAUAAUGUCACGGUCAUGGCAAUAGACCCAGAUGGUAGAUCGUGUACUGGAACACUUGUAGUUAACAUUGAAGAUGUGAAUGAUAAUGCACCAAAAAUACUUCAAAAUCAUGUAGUAAUUUGCAAACCAAAGAUGGAGUAUACUGACAUUUCAGCUUUUGAUCCUGAUGAUUCUAUCCAUGGUCCUCCAUUUAAGUUCAGCUUGGAAAACCCUUCUUCAGAAACCAGCAGAAUGUGGACCCUCUCCACAGUUAAUGAUACAGCUGCCCGUCUUUCAUAUAACAAAAAUGCUGCUGUUGAUGUAUAUUAUAUUCCCAUCACUGUAAGAGACAGAGAAGGUCAAUCUGCAACAAAAACCUUGACAGUUGACCUGUGUGCUUGUACUCAUCCAAGUCAGUGCGCAAGGACUGUGAGAACCACAGGGGUAUCACUUGGAAAAUGGGCGAUCCUGGCCAUACUGCUGGGUAUAGCGUUACUUUUCUCUGUAUUGCUAACUUUAGUAUGUGGAAUUGUUGGUGCCAGAAAAAAAGGUUUUCCAGAAGAUUUGGCACAGCAAAAUUUAAUUAUAUCAAACACAGAAGCACCUGGAGAUGAUAAGGUGUGCUCUGCCAAUGGGUUUACGACCCAGACAGUCAACAACUCUAACCAUGGCUUUUGUGGUACUAUGGGGUCAGGAGUCAAAAACGGAGGUCUGGAAACCAUUGAAAUGGUGAAAGGAGGGCACCACACCUUAGAAUCGGGCCGGAGUCACCAUCACACCCUGGAUUCCUGCAGGGGGGGACACGUGGAAAUGGAAAACUCCAGACACACCUACUCGGAGUGGCACAAUUUCACUCAGCCUCAUCUUCGUGACAAAUUGCACCAAUAUAAUAAGAACGAAGACCACCUCUCAUCUCGAGAUUAUGUCCUCACGUAUAACUACGAAGGAAGAGGGUCUCCAGUUGGUUCUGUAGGCUGCUGCAGUGACAAACAGGAAGAAGAAGGUCUGGACUUUUUAAAUAACCUGGAAGCUAAAUUUACUACAUUAGCAGAAACAUGCACAAAAAGAUAAACAUUACAGUGAUGCAAUUAGACGUGAUUUUGUCUAACAUUUCUGAAUAUUUCCAAAAGGGAUACUGUAACAUUUGAUAUCCAUUUCUAAAUACAUAUAGAUAUGAAUAUGACUGUAUGAAUUUUUCUAAAUUUUGAAUUGUGUCAAUUACCAAUUUGUACAAUAUUUUCCAAGCAAUGUAUUGCUUAUCUUUUUCACAAAGUUGAAAUGUUAAAAUAGAUGUUUGCCUCCUUUAAAGCUGAGUAAAUAAAUAACUGGCAAAUCUCAUGCUAUCAAAUUGGAUUUAAGGUCUAUAAAGGAUCUGUUCUCCUUUAUAGAUAUUUUCCAAUAAAUAUGUUGGGUAAAUAUUAGUCCAACAAAUGGCUAAGCUGUAUUUGAUUGGAUAUAACAAAACAGCUCUCUGGGCUGAAAUUCUGUUCUGGUUCCAGGUUUAGAUUUAAGUAGAAUAGGAUUAUCUCAAAUACUAUGGCAAAUUUUUCUGGAUUUUUUUUAGCUCUAAAAUAUUAGUAGUACUUAGUCAGUAGUUUCUAUGAUUUCUAGAAUUUUGUUUUCUUUCUGGUUAGCAAUAAGAUAAUGAGGAGCAGUCUUCUGUGCUUGGUUGCCUUAAUAGAGGUCUCAAAAAUACAUAGCCACAACUUUAAACUACGCUAAGAAAGUGUAAGCCAAGAAAUUGUUAUUUUUAUGCUUUUGAAAGUGCUUUAUGGCUUAUAAAAGAUUAUUAUGAGGAGUAUAACUUCAUUUAUUCUCAAGAAACAAAACUGUAUUCAACAUACAGAGAGUUAUUGCCAUAUUUGAAUGAAAAAUACUAAACAUUUUUUAUUGAGAUCAUAAUCCCUAAUCUUAACCAUUUUUGCCCCAAGAUUCAGGACUACUAUCAAAAACUUGCCAGGAAUAAAAAUUAUGCUGAAAAAAUGUUGCUUUUCUUCUCUUGAGUAUUGUACUUUUGUAUUUUUAUUUGCAAUUUUAGCACAUGUGGCUCUUAUUUCCUCUUUAGUAGCCAUUUGAAAUUAGAAUAUGUUAUUCUUAGAUGGAUUGUAGUUAUGCUUUGUAGUCUGAAAAAACAGACUCCUAUCAUUAUUAUGAGUAGCAAUGAGGGAUAAGCAUGCAUUUUCAUUCACUGCCAUUUUCAAAUAAAAUGCAUUACUCCUUAUUAAGGCAGGUAGAUAUUACAAAAUGCUGUAAAGAAUCAAAAGAAUAUAGGGAAACUUAACCCCUUGGUGGAAGUCAGUAUCUUGCAAGGUGUUCCUUCAAUUUAGUGCUUCCCAAAUUUGUUUAUGAUAGAGCCCCUGGAAGGCCAGUGGAAUACUUUAAGGCAGUAAAGUCAUAAACGUAAAAUAAUGAAUACCUAAAUUUAUGGUAAAUCUAAUCACAUUGUUGUAUACUUACUUCAAGUGAUAGUUUAAAAACUGGACUAGAAAUACAGGGGCAAAAGUACAUUUUCUGUUGUAAUGUAAGUAAUAAUAAUAAUAAUCAUAAAACAAUAAACUCUGUUUUGCAUACUCACAACUAUAAACCUGCAGUUUACAUGAAGCUAGCCCAUGAAGUGGCCAGCUUCUAUAGGCUAUAGUUUGAACUGACUGUAUAUAUGUGUGUGUGUGCGUGCGUGUGUGUGUGUGUGUAUGGGGACAAAGGGAACUUUUGGUGAGGACAAACCCAAGGAGGGUUUGGACAAGUCAGAGACCAUCAUGAAAACUCAGGCCUUCAGGGGCAAGAAGAGAGGCCCAAAAAUGUAACAUUGUUUGCUUCAUAGUUUUUCCUAGGCCAGGUGCUUCCUUUUCUGUCUUUACUCAGGCCUCUGGCAGCUGCCAUUUGAUUUGGGGGCAGGAUUACUAACCCUUGUCUGGGCCUCACCUUGUUUGGAGUGUGGAGUGCCAGAGUGGGGCUGACUGCAUGAUGAGUCUGAAGGCAAUUACAGGAUGGGCCUGAACUGGUUGUAUAGAACAAACAGGGCCUCCAUGGGAAAUGCUUCACUCCUCUGUCGCCCUCUGGUCCCUAAGAUAGAAGGUCUUCAAUUAAAUGUGCUGUAAAAUUCUUAUUCAGUGCUACAUUUUGGGUUUUCUUAUUUGCUCCUGAAACCUAGAUUUUUAUAGACUUACACGUUUGAAAGAGUAAUUUCCUUUUAAGAUUUUCUUAUUUUUAAUAGGAACAUUGUUAACAUGUGGUAUUCUUCUUUCCUCAUAUGUGUAAGGUGAAAAUUAAGCUGUUUUAGUAUGAAAGAAAGUAUCUUUUUAAAGCUUUGAUUUUCUAGUUCUUCAAUUUUUAAUGUACAGGUACAGGUUGUUUUUUCUUAUGUUUAUAAAGAAGCAGUUAACUAUAAAAUGCAGUGAGGUUUGUUUUGAAACAUUUGUAACAGAGUUUAAUUUUGCUAUUAAGAAGUUACUUUAUUUUGAAAGAAACAAGGCAAGUUAAAAGCAAAACUUGGAUGCAUAAAAUAAUAUUUAUGGAUACAGGACAUAAAAACACAAUGUUAAUUUGAUUCCUAUCUUUAUUAUUUUCAGGAAUAAAAUUAUUCCAUGGUAAAUAUGUUAUAAAAGUGUGCUUAAGACUGGCAUAGAAAUAGUGAUUCUCAGUAAUGCCUUUAUUGUAUUACUGGAGAAUAUCUUAGAGAAUGGGUAAAUUGUUAACAUUAUUAAUAUAUAUGGUACUAUUUGGGGGGAUUACUAUUUGGGGCAAAUGAUUAUCUUUACCUAUCGCUCCAUCUAUCUGUCUACCUACCUACCUAUCAUUUGAUUUUGUUUGAGUAAAGAAGGAUUAGAAAGUGGUUGUGAUUACAGAUUGCACCAGAAAUAAAAGGCUGAUGCAGGAUUCUACUUGGAGGAGCAGUGUAGUCAAGGGGAAACAUUAGGAGUUAAAAAAGAAAGCAAGGAUGAAAGAGAAAAAAGCAAGUGAUAGUCCAACCUUGGUUCUGCAACUUAGAGGAUGUGUAACUUCCAAGUGUUAAUUACAACUGAAUUACGGUGCUGUGUGCCUCACAGUGAAUCUUCUCCCCAGAUGUCUGUGCUCCAGCACCGGCUUCCUGGCAAAUGUAAGGCUGACCGCUUCAAGAAUUUAUGAAUUGUAUCAAUAGCUUCAAAUGCUAAUAUAAUUUGAAUUACAGCUUAAAUUUCAAAACUUUUAUUGUGGUCAUUAUUUUUUUGUGUGUAAAUAUUUGGUUUCAAGAAUGUUGUUGAAUUUUUUCUUUUUUGAAAUAAAAA